CGGCCAUAGUAGAAUAUCUGCGACGACGCUUUGGGCAGUGGAUUGUGAUCGUAUCGAGGUGGUCCAGAAUCCAUAAUUUCUGAGAAGUCUGUUAUACAUUACUGUGGGACGAUAUUCGUUUACACGAUUCGACGUACUGCAUCCUGCUUGUGCUGUGUUAAGAUAUGAACGGAACAAUGGCCAUGGCACCACCUACCAACACUCAACAGCAAACCAACGCUGAGCCACCAGUUAAGAAACUCCGUACUGAAGCGGAGAGACACAGUACAGAGUCUGCGGGCUGAGACUGAGCUGAGACUGAACGAAAGAAAGAAAGAAAGUACCCUUCGUUCGUUGAACAGAAUCCGAGUUUCAAACUCCCUCCGACUACCUACGCAACGUCUAGUGCCGAGUACGCGGUACUCGAUGCAUAUAUAAAUGUAUAUUAGCUAGGUCAGCACUCACCUUUAGGGUAGCUCGCAAACAAACAAUUUUCAAAAUCAUGCUAUCGUGAUUUUACCUGUGAAUACUGAAUGGAAGAUUACAAAGUCCAUUUACAAUAACUCGAACAGUAUGUCGAUGUAGAGUCCUAGGUGAGGCAGGUAAGUUUUUAAGGACUUUGUAAAGAAAGAUUCUACGAAGCGAGGAGCGGAGGGUAUAAUAUUUUUUAUUCUUAGGUAAAGCGUGUAUAAAAUUUCUCAUAACAGGAUUCUUAGCUAGAAUAAUCGGCUAGACGUUGUAGCCCUUGGCUCGGUGAGUCAGCUGACAUAAGUUCCAGAAGGCAAAAAAUAAGCAAAACAGACGGAAGUCCACUCAGAGAGUUCUCCUUUUGCUUUGUGCUUACAGAUUACUGCCUCGCCUCGGUCCGUCGGAUAUAUUGCGCGCGCAACCUUCAUUGUUCAGCCCUGAGCUCUGUUAGCUGUUAAAUGAAUGAAAAUGAGCACACAAGCGGCAACCGUUGGCCAAAAUGUCAAAGAAAUCCAUCCGACUUCUUGCCAGGGCCUAUAUAUGAUCUGAAUCAGACCGGUCAAGUCGUUGCCGGUCCUGGGGCAAAGUACCUGAGCCUACCAGGUAUUUUGGGAGCUGGCUUGCCCAAGAUUACAUCAGAACAGCAAGAUGCGGUGAACAGAGCAAAAAAGUAUGCAAUGGAGCAGAGCAUCAAGAUGGUCCUGAUGAAGCAGACUUUAGCUCACCAGCAACAGGUGAGACUGCAAAAAGUUUAUGGCUCGGCAAUCGGUUCGAUACCUAAAGAGCAAAUGGCUAGUCAGCGGAAUCAGGUGCAGAGACAGCAGGCUCUCGCCCUCAUGUGCAGGGUCUACGUUGGAAGCAUAAGCUUCGAGUUGAAGGAGGACACCAUUCGUCAAGCUUUUCUUCCAUUUGGCCCCAUAAAAUCAAUAAAUAUGUCAUGGGAUCCUGUAACGCAGAAGCACAAAGGCUUUGCGUUUGUUGAAUACGAGAUUCCAGAGGCAGCCCAACUUGCAUUAGAACAAAUGAACGGUGUCAUGAUUGGAGGCCGUAAUAUCAAGGUAGUGGGACGCCCUUCAAACAUGCCGCAGGCUCAGUCCGUCAUAGAUGAGAUAACUGAGGAAAGUAAACACUACAACAGAAUCUACAUAGCGUCAAUUCAUCAAGAUUUGACCGAAGAUGACAUAAAAUCAGUGUUUGAAGCUUUCGGGCCGAUCACUUACUGCAAACUUGCGCAAGGUAGUUCACCCCACAGACACAAAGGAUACGGCUUCAUUGAGUAUGAGACGAUGCAGUCAGCCUUGGAAGCGAUAGCGUCUAUGAACCUUUUUGAUCUUGGUGGUCAGUACUUGAGGGUUGGCAGAGCCAUAACACCACCAAAUGCACUGAUGGGACCUCCGAGCGGUACAAGUAUGAUGCCUACGGCUGCUGCAGUAGCUGCAGCUGCUGCUACGGCCAAAAUACAAGCCAUGGAUGCAGUAGCGAGUAAUGCUGUUGCUUUGGGUCUUACGAAAUUGGGCACAAACACCCCACCCAUAAUAAACCAAGCCCUACCUGGAAUAGUAAGACCUGCAAUAGCGACCACAACUAUCAUGGCACCUCCUACCAUUGCCAGUGCCGUGGUUCCGGCUGUCAUUCCACCACCCGGAAUUGCUAUUCCACAAACACUAACACGUCCACCAGCCAUAAUUCAACCUAUUCCUGGUCAACCUACCGUUGUCAUCCCACCACCAGCAGUUAUCGCGCCAACUUCUGUGGGGGCUCCACUUGUUCCAGUGACAACUGCUGCCAGCGUGGAUGUCGUCAGGAGGGCUCAAGAACAGGCAGCACACCAGAAACAGCAAGAAGAAUUGCAGAAGAAACUCUUGGAAGAAACUGAGCCGCAAACACUUCAACAGCAGGAGAACAUGUCGAUCAAGGGGCAGAGUGCUAGGCAUCUUGUAAUGCAAAAGCUUAUGCGUAAAGUGGAAUCAAGAGUUGUUAUUUUAAGAAAUAUGGUCGCACCUGAGGAUGUAGAUGAGAGUUUGCAGGAAGAGAUCCAAGAUGAAUGCUCGAAAUUUGGCGUUGUUGAAAGAGUAAUCAUAUAUAACGAAAGACAAUCAGAAGACGAGGAAGAUGUCGAGAUUAUUGUCAAAAUAUUUGUCGAAUUUUCACAAAUGAGUGAAGCUGAAAGAGCCCGUGAUUCACUGAAUGGUCGGUAUUUUGGCGGUCGACUGGUUAAAGGAGAGCUUUAUGACCAGGCCUUAUUUGACAACCAUGAUUUCUCUGGUUGACAUGCACAAUGGUGCUUGCUUUUGUCACCUGCAUUGUAAAUUAUCAGACCGAUACCUCCUGCCGCAGAAGAAGCUGAACAA